AUGUAUCCCAACGUUCUUCUCGGGAAGGGAGCUCAUGAUAUGUCGCUCAAGGAAAUCGACUUUCUGCUCAACCUUCUCUCGGAUAGAAAGAUGAAGGCACAACACAGAGAGGCCGAGGAGAAUAUGGAUUAUUUGCUUGAGUUUUUCCACGAGUUGAAAAGGCGAAAGCAACUUGAACUUGACAAGGUGAAGGAAGAUAUGAGAGCCUUGAAGAAUGACUUGCUGUCGCUGAGACAAGAAAGAAGCCAACUCCAGCAACAGAAGAAAUCGUAUCUGACAGCAUUUUCUGGAGCUAAAAUGUCUGCGAGCUCAACGAGCUCUGGAAUUUCUCAGAAUUCUGUUGCCAAGUUGCUGCAGCCGACUCCUAAAAGAAGGAAAGCCAUGGUUCUAAUUGAGGAUUUUGUCGCUAUAGCUCACAUCUCAAGCGCAAGCAUUCUGUGCAGCCUCGAUUUUGAUCCCGGUGACGAGUUCUUUGUAACAGCGAGUGUCUCGGGAUAUUUGCGGGUGUUCGAGUUUCCGAAGGUAAAUAUGAGAAUCUUGCAAUGGGGUAAACACAAGGGCUUAACAUCUGUAGGCUGUGAGAUGGUCCCUUGUCGUAAGAAGCUAAGUUGUGUGAGCUGGGACAAGUUUUCCAAAAGCUGCGUCGCUACUAGCGAUUACGACGGCAUCAUAAAGAUCUGGGAUAUUAGUGCGUGCCAAAAUACAGUCAAUUAUGACGAGCACGAAAGGCGGAUAUGGAGUGUUGAUUUCUCGCCAAUGGAGCCGUCGCGGUUAGUCUCUGGAGGCGACGACGGCAAAGUUAAGCUAUGGAGCAAGGAGCUCAAGACGAGUGUUCUGACAGUCGAGGUUAAGGCAAACAUUUGCUCGGUGACGUUCAAUCCUAUCUCGAGUAAUUUAGUUGGGGCAGGAUCAGCGGACCACUGCAUUUAUUACUACGAUUUACGUCAGACAAAGUGCCCCUUGCAUUUGUUCAAGGGCCAUGAAAAGGCCGUCUCGUACGUCAAGUUUACGCCAUCAAACGAGAUGGUUUCCGCCUCUACUGACGGUACGCUUCGGCUAUGGAGCCUCGAAAGCUGGAAUACCCUCCAGGUGUAUAGAGGUCAUACGAACGAAAAGAACUUUGUCGGGCUGUCUGUCACUUCUGAUUACAUCGCCUGUGGGAGCGAGACAAACGAGGUCUAUGUUUACCACAAGGGGAUUCCAAAGCCGGCACUCAGCCAUUUAUUUGCGAGAAAGGACGCAGCUGACGAUGAUACACGACCGUUUGUCAGCGCCGUCUGCUGGAGGAGGAGUGAUAGCCACACCAUGCUGGCGGCAAGCAGCCAGGGGGAGAUCAGAGCUCUCAUGCUGGCGUCUUGA